AUGCUGAAUUGGAUUCGCGGUAAAGUUUCUCUGAACAAGAAGAGGUUCCAAGAAGAGGAUUAUGAUCUUGAUUUAUCAUAUAUUGGUGAUAGAAUUAUCGCAAUGGGUUUUCCUGCCCAAGGAUUCGAAGCUCUUUAUAGAAACGAUUUCGAAGAUGUAAGAAACUUCCUUGAUGAAAAACAUGGUGACAAAUAUUGGGUAUAUAACUUAUGUUCCGAAAGAUCUUAUAACUGCUCUGUUUUCAAUAAUAGAGUCUCUAAUUAUCCUUUUGAUGACCAUAACCCGCCACAUUUCGACAUGAUCAGACAAUUCUGUGUUCAUGCCCAGCAGUGGAUUGAAAAAGAUCCACAGAAUAUCGCUGUGGUCCAUUGCAAGGCCGGAAAGGGUAGGACAGGAGUUAUGAUCUGCGCUCUUCUUAUCCAUCUCCAUUACUUUAACACAGCUGCAGAAUCCCUUUCUUUUUAUGGCAGAAACAGAACCUUUGAUGAAAAAGGUGUUACCAUCCCAUCCCAAAGAAGAUAUGUCCUUUACUAUGCAAAAUACUUACAAAUGGGUGUACCAUUAGACCAGCCGUUUGUUUCUCAGCCUUGCGCAAUUACAAAGAUUAUCAUUAAAAACCCACCAAGCAGCUGCUUCUCCAAGAAACUCUCGAUCAAGUUCACUACCAUGCCAGGUGAUCCCGAAAUCAAGAUCGAAACUCGUGGUAAGAAUAAUGAGCCAAUAAAGAAUGAUGAAGAAAAAACACUUGAAUUCGACGUGGACGGUAUUCUCCCAAUGUACGCAGGAGAUUUCAGAAUUGCUUGCGUAAAGGGAGGCAAAAACGUCUGGUACAUGUGGUUUAAUUCUGAAUUUAUCUUACCAAUGGAAGAAUUCUCAAAGGCCGAUGUUGAUAAAAUCACCAAGGAUAAGAGCGUUUCGGCAGACUUCAGGAUGAUUGUUUAUUCAAAGCAUUAA